ACAUUAGAUAAAUUCAAGAACUUAUCGAAACAACAUUGAUUUAAUCUCUCAAAAAAAAAUGGCUGUCACUAACAACAUAAUUAUCGGCAUAUUUCUCUUCUUUGCUCUGGUUUCUCAAUGUUAUAGCCAGUGCAGAGAGUCUGAUCUUUUUCUUACGCAAAAACCAACGGGGGCUAAAGUAAAAGGAAAGCCAGAGUGGCAAGUUGAUAUAACCGCCAAUUGUGCUAAAUGUGAUUUUCGGGGAGUUAGUGUAUUUUGCUCAGGAUUUCAAACCGUAGAGCCUAUAAAUACGUCAAUUUUGGGCAAAGAGGAAGGAGGACUUUGUCUUGUUGCUAAUGGUCGACCUAUUACUCAUUCGCAACCUGUUACCUUCAAAUAUGCAUCGGACACUUCUUUUCCUUUUCACGUUCUCAAGCAACAAAUUGUUUGCACUUGAUUUUUCUGUACUUAAACAUCUCUUUGUAUACUUAUAUUAUGUAAUUAAAGAAUAAAAGUUUCGUACUAAGAAACAGAAAUAAAAGUGAAAAUAUAUUAUAUAUGAUAUUAUCUUAUCUUUUGA